CCAGCUCGUGCAUCAGCAUUAAAGAUGGCGUCGCCCGGCAAGUCCAGAAUGUUGUCCAAUGUUGUCCUCCUUAUUUUUGUAAUUUCUUUAAUUACCGUACAAUGUAAAGACGACAAACCGAAAAAGAAGAAAGAUAUCCGUGAUUACAAUGACGCGGAUAUGGCGAGACUUUUGGAGCAGUGGGAGGAAGAUGAUGACAUUGAAGAGGGCGACCUGCCCGAACACAAGAGGUCUCCACCUCCCAUAGACUUCUCCAAAGUGGACAGCUCUAAACCAGAGGAGCUUCUGAAAAUGUCCAAAAAGGGGAAGACACUGAUGGUGUUCGCGACCGUGUCGGGAGACCCUAAAGAAAAGGAGACAGAAGAGAUCACUGGCCUGUGGCAGUCCAGUCUCUUCAAUGCCAACUUUGACAUUCAGAGGUACGUGGUGGGCUCCAACCGCGUGAUCUUCAUGCUACGUGACGGCAGCUACGGCUGGGAGGUCAAGGACUUCCUGGUGGCCCAGGACCGCUGUGAGGAUGUGACGGUGGAAGGCCAGGUGUUCCCUGGGAAGGCCGCCAAACCCAAAGGGAAGGAUGAGAAAAACGGCAAGAAAAAGACGGUGGACAAAAAGGCUGCCAACAGAGCUAGUGCCAACAAAGCAAAACCUAAUGUGGAGUUAUGAUCCCUAUGGCUGAUUUCCUUGGGAAGGAGAAGGACAUAGUGGUGAUGUGUGACAACGAUCUCACAUGAACAGGUCAACGCACACGUGCCAUCAGCAGUGUUGGGAUGAGUCAUCAAGGGGUCAAUGGAAGUUUUUGAUCAGGACUUUGUUGGACCUGUUGGGAAGCUGUAACACAAUCCAUUGACUUAUUUACUGUCGAACAGGAUUAAGUUGGUACUUUUAUGUUACACUAUGAGCAUUUUUUUCAAUCUGUUCCUCUGUUCACAAUGUUUAUUGUUCAUCUGCCUUAAGGUGCCGGUAUGCUUGCUGCAAGAUACGCGAGCGCGUGCACGAUUCGUUCAUGAACGCGUUAACGUGCGUAUUUAAUGUCAAUUUCGCACGCGUUGGACAUGGCAGCCAAAUGCGUGCAUUUUGCGUCUUGGUCAACUGCUUUUGAAGCAAGCAUGUGCUGUCGGUUGCUCGCGGUGACGUGCGUAAUUUACAGCUCGCAGCAAGCAUACCGGCACCUUUAUUGAUUUUGCUUCAAGCACAUACUGUACGACAAAUGAAUUUCACCAUAUCUUUAAAUAGGUUAAUUCAGACUCAUUUUGCCAUCACUAGGGUAGGAAUUGUUUUACGUUUACUGUUUUUUCAGUGUUCAGAUGUGAUUCCAUCCACUUUUCGGUCUGUUCAUGCACUUCUCUCUUGGUUAAGAGAUGAUUGUCUUAUGUCUACUGUGGUUAAUUGCGUUUUUGUUUUUUUUACGGUAAUCACAUGGGCAAAGUAGAACCAAUCUUGCACUUGAGUGGUAGUAAUCCCAGGCACUAAGCUAUCAUCAAUUAUUGGGUAUAAUAUCUCUCCCUCAACGCUAAAACAUUUAAUAAUCUUUAAUGAAAAGAUUUACUUCAACAUGGAAUGUGAAAGCUGGUGGCAUUUGUUAGAAAAAAAGUGUAGUGAUUGUUCUCAUUGCUUUUUUUCCAUAAUGUUCAAAAGAUUGUGCCAAAUAAACAUCCAGUUUCUGCUGUUUUUAA